UUUACAAUUAAAGAUAGGUACAUGAGGUUUUAGGAUAUAAGGACAGGAAAAUAUUUUAAACUUUAGUAUUUUAGUUGAAGAUAUAAACAAAACUAUUGAGAUGUUACUUUUAGUUUUAUUAUUAGCUGGAAGUGCUUUAGCUUUGCCUGCUGAUCUACUCGUUCCAAAAUUACCUGAAGUAAUUUAUGUUGCUCCUGAAGGAUAUUCAGACGUUGGUCUGUAUUCUAAUGUACCCGUAGUAGAAAAUGAUGACUCAAAGAAUCAUGAAGAGGAAGAAGACAAAGCAGAAACACCUAAUAUUCCAGAAGCACCUACGUUGCCGGUGCUAGAAAAUACUAUAGAGGAUUCCGAUAAAUCUAAGGAAUCAGAAGAUCACAAAGACGAUUCGGAACAUAAUGAAGAGGAAUAUAAAGGACCUGAAGAAGAGCUUGAAGAAAAAAAAGAGGAAGAACAUCGUGAAGAGGAGCUUGAAAACGAAAAUGAUAAAAUGCCUGCUCCUUCUAAACUGAACGUUUUUAUGGAACCUAUAGUUAAGAUUUGGUCUUCACUACCAUCUUUGCCUUUCUCUUUUCCGUCUUUACCUAUUUCCUUCCCUGUCUCUUUCCCUAAUAUUCACUUACCAUACCUACCAUCAAUUUUCUCCCAACCUGUAGUCGGCGGUAAUACUGGCGCUGCCACCUAUCGUCAAGUGUAUAUUCCUGUAUUGUUGUAAACAUUAACCAAUAACAUUUAGCAGCUAUUGUAGUUACAUUAUUAUUUAAGAAAUGUUAUAUGUAACUAAUUUUUUUUUGUAAUAUCAUUAAAUUUCUUUUUCAUCAAUUUGUAAUUAUAUAAUUUAAGUCUGGGGUUCUCAACCUUUUUCAGCCCGCGGCGCAGUUACAAAUGUAGUAUUUUGUCAUGGGGUCCUAACCUAGAUAGCUAUUUGAAAAAGAUAGUCGAAAUAAAUAGGUACCAACAAUAAUAGUAGUUAGGUUAGGUAGUUGGGAACAAAAAUUAAAACAUCUAUAAUAUGAAAUUGAGUUUUAUUAUUAUAAAAAAUUGAAACAGAAAACAACAAGAAAGACUUGAGAAAAACAAAAUAUCAACGGUUAUCAAGCGCAUAGAUACUUUCGGCGAGUGAGUGACGCAACGCGUGCAACGUAAGUUACGUAUGUUUACCGAUGCGAGCGCUUAAAAAAGGUACCUGCGAAUAUUUGUGGUUUCAGAUAAUGAUAGAGGAUCGACUCACGGCGACCCUCUUUACUUUCAACGGCGCACCAGGGUGCCGCGGCGCACGCUUUGGGAACCUCGGAUCUAACUCAUAAAGUAACAUGAAUUACUACUCCCUUUAAGUAAUUUAUGUAAAGUUCUAGUCAUGUAAAGCUGCGAACAAUUAGGAUUUUUAUAUUUAUCAUGGCGAGUUUUUUUCACGUCUUAA